CGCGUCAGUUUUCGUUUGUUCUCCGAGGAGUUUUGUUCCAAGUUUUUGUUGCUGCAAUCAAUUCUAUUUGAACGAUGUCUGGACGUGGCAAAGGUGGAAAGAUCAAGGGAAAGGCAAAGUCCCGUUCGAACAGAGCUGGUCUUCAGUUCCCUGUGGGUCGUAUUCAUCGACUGCUUCGCAAAGGAAACUACGCGGAACGUGUCGGUGCAGGUGCUCCCGUCUAUUUGGCAGCUGUUAUGGAAUAUCUUGCUGCUGAAGUGUUGGAAUUGGCCGGUAACGCGGCUCGUGACAACAAGAAGACCAGAAUUAUUCCGCGACACUUGCAACUGGCCAUCAGGAAUGACGAAGAGUUGAACAAACUGUUGUCUGGAGUUACCAUAGCUCAAGGAGGUGUUCUGCCUAACAUUCAAGCAGUUUUGCUACCGAAGAAGACCGAGAAGAAGGCGUAAUUUCCUUCAUCUACAUUCAGACUAAACGGCCCUUUUCAGGGCCAACAAAUUCUUCAAACGAAGGAAAACUCUGGUUUACGAUCUAGUAUUUGAGGUUAUGAUAUAUUCUAUCAAACAUUACACCGAACGUAUGUUAGCAAAUACUUUUGUAAUAAAAACAAUGUAAUGGAUUCUGAAAACUUAUUGUUUCUACAACAAAAUUUGUCUCGGUUGCAAUACUUGAAGAUCAUUAAUCGGGAAAUAAAAAGUCCGGGCCACAGGUUACAAAUAACGCCUAAGCCUGUGUAUGACACGCGGAUCGGAGGAUUGGUAGGAACAAUACGUACAAUGAGAACUGAAAUCAUCACAUUAAAUGGCGUUUCGGUUUGCCUUUAGUUAUACAGGGUGGGGCCAAAUAAUACGUACCAGUGAGAACGAGGUGGUUCUUUAUGAACAAAUAUGAGAACAAAAUAUGGAGUAAAAUUGGAUGUUCAUUUAAAGCUUAAUUUUCGAGAAAAUCGAGUCUGAAAAUUCUAUUCGUAUAUAUGCUCUUACAGCUGAGUUACGGUUCAUCGAGCAUCGUAUAAAGCUUAUCAUGUUUAUAAACAAUGUCUACCCAGCAUUUAAAAGUUACCGAGUUAGACUUUAUUCUAUUCUUUUGCAGUGUUCUUCGAUCAAGAAUCUUUCGGUUAUGAUGGUGCUCUCUGUAAUAACGAACAAGUUUUCAUUAAAGGCUCCCAAAGCUCGGAUCAUGUCAACAUAAUUCCUAUUCGUGUACAUCAUCGUUGGAUAAAUGAACGAAAACUGUCUGAUUAAGCAAAUAACUAUUAGAAAUCUCAAAUCAUUGUUUAUAAACACGAUACGCGUUAUACGAUGCUCAAUGAACCGUAACUCAGCUGUAAGAGCAUGUGUACGAAUAGGAUUCUCCAACUCGAUUUUCUUGAAAACUAAUCUUUAAACGAAAAAACUUUAUUCCAUAUUUUCUUCUUAUUUUUUCAUAAGUAACCACCUCGUUCCCGCUAGUACAUGUUAUUCGGCUGUAUAAAUUUCUAAGAGAGGCUUCAUGUCUCUAGUGAAGUCUAGUGGAUAGAAGUUAGAAGACUCUGUAAGACUUCUAUCCAGUUCCUAUCGCGACAUCUAGCGGCAAAGAGUGAAGUGAUUGGCUAUCGACACUGUGGCGCCUCCUACCAAAAUUGACACGAACUAUUGCGUGUACCGUACAUCUGCUGACAUCUACCUGAACCUCACCAGACCUCACUAGUUGGACUGUUGAGACAUGUUUCGUGAUUAACACUAGACAUCAGUAAUGUUGGGCCUAGCAAUGAUUUGAUCUUUCUUUUCUUUUUUGAGAAAUGCAAGCAAAAAAGGUUACUCGCUAUAGUUUGCUGGGUGUGAACCGUUGCAAUUGUAACACAUUGCAAGAAUGUUGGGUGACUCGGUGCAUUGGAGGAUGGUGAAUCUGUGUGAACCUGGAUGUUCUUUGCUAAUAUGUUUCUGAGUAAAAAUGAUCGAGCUUGCAAAAACCAAAAUGGUCUUUAAUUGCAUAGCGGAUAAAAAUUAGAAGAGGUUUUUCUCUAUGUCUUCGAGAUUAGGGUCCAUCGUAUUCUGGUAUUGUCUGAGGUGUGUGUGUGGGUUCGUUAACGUCGAAUAUGUCUGCGAGUACGCGGAAUCUUUUUCGUGUUGGUAUACUUUUUGUGGCAUCUGCGGUACGCGCCAUUUUGAAUGAGACUGGUGUCGGUGUUGGUUGCAUUUAGCACUUGGUAAUUCGUUUAACACGUUGACCGCUAUGUCACCCACAUAUGGGUGACAAGGAUAUUCACUGAGGAAUAAAUAAAUCAAUUCUGAAAGUGAGGUGUCGAAGAAAAAGAUUCUGAAUAGGAUUGGUAAAUUCUAAAGAGGUCGCAAAAAUAAGUACCACCACGGAUGUUAGAUUAUGUCAUUUCUAAUUGCAUAGAAAGAAAAUUUUAGCUUCGUAGGAAUUAUCACGAUUAUUAGUCCGGCAGUCAACGUGUUAAUGACCGACGCGUCGAGAAACUCCCUGGCGAAUGAAUAAAUGAUAAACAAAGAUGCAGAUGAAACCUGUGGUCGCUUCCAUCCACGCUGGCGAAGCAUUACUGGGUGGCUCAACUGUCGUAACUCGGAUUCGAAGCGCCGAAAGAAAGGGAAAGUACAGCUGGGACAUCGAAGCAUGGGAGUCCAGCAUGCGCGGUCAGUCUGCGGAAAGCGGCUGAACGUUCGCGAGAAACGCUUCGUCGGCUCCGAUUCAUCGUGGAUUCGCGGAAAUCGUGAACAGGAUUCGCUGUAUCGAAGUGCAGGUCUGCCGAUACCGUCCGGGAACAUCCUCGUGGUACGGAAACUCCGAGCCGAUCGUUGACGGUUUUCUGUUAAGAGGAUCAUGCCGGAUACGAGGAAAGACUCUCGGACGAGAAACGAAAUGCGGGCGUGAUCGUCCCGUAAACAUCGCAAGUUCCCAAGGCUGCGAGUAGUUUGGACGGAGUUAGCAAUCGUUUGGAAGACAUACGAGCCUCGAAGGUCGAACGUUUCUACCACGACGAUCUCUAAAAUCAAAAUCUCGUUUUAAGUCGACGCGCGAUGUUAGAUUGGCAGUGUGCUACGGCUACUGUGCACGAACCUUGUGGCAAACGGCGACAAUGGCCGAUUGUACAAUUAUUACACAGAAACGGUUUACUUUCCGCGAAUGAUCGUCAGUUGACGAUAAAGGAUCGAUGAUGAUCUCGACCACCGACUGUCUUCACGGAACCGGGAUAUUUCUACGAGCUAUUGAAGCUCCAGAAUUUCUGCGUGCCUGACCUUCCUGCCGAUUAGGAUUCAUAAUGCUGGAUCCGAUUUUUGGAGCAUCGUCGGUAUGGUGGUUGGUGGUAUACGCCAGUGUCCUGCUGCUGCUGUCGCCACUCGUGCUGCUAUUCAUCAUUUUUCUGCCGAAUUUUCCAAUAUUGCUGUUCAGAAGAAUGUGUUACAUUCCUAUCGAGUCAAUAUGACAAAUUAAUCAUCGAUCUGUGAUCUCCGCGGUGAUCGCUUGUUACACAUUUAAUUAUUGUAUUACUUGGUAACGAAGAAUGGAUUACGAAUGGGGUGUGAAUGGUGCGCGAUAUGGUCCACUUCGUAAUAUCGAACACGGGAUGAACUGGAUGUAGAAACAUGGAUGAAAGAAUGAAUAUGUGGAUCCUAGUAGUUCGUAAGACAUUAACGGCGCGUUAAAUGGUAAGAUCCAACGUUGGUUGUUCAUAAAUCAAAAAUACCUGUAAAGUCCAUGCGUUAGGGUGUCUCGCUCGAAACAAAUCAUCGGUUUUUCUCUUUUACGAAUAACUUUGAAAAGCAAAUAUGUUUCAAGCAAAAUUCUUCAGUGUCGUUUUCUUGAGCGAGACACCCUGAUUAAUAAUUUUUAUUUCAGAAUAACUCUUAAUCGCUCACUUGGUAGAACUAGUAUUUAUCGUAAGCACUGAAUUAGUAGUACAGUUAAACUUCGAUUAAGCGGACAAAUUAGGAGAGGGGAUGUUUGUUCAAUCCGAAUGCCGGUACAACAGCAUCUAUACAAUAUCGUGGCUUUCGAGCACGAUUCGACCCUUUGACCAGGUGGUGUUUGUAGCGUUGAUGCGCGAUUCGCAUGCGGUUCUUUCGCAAUCGUUGCCAAGACUUUGCCACUCCUGUCGCACGUUCGUCGCGCUGCGCAAAACGCCGAAUAAACCGAAUAUAACGGGAACGGUGUUUCGCAAAACUGGGGUUACUUGUACACUCGAUCCGCGGACCGCUGGCCGAAAAUUCGAGAAACGAACGUGUCCCCGACGGACAUUGUCAGGCAUUGUUGCGUCAGUUCUCCUAGCGGUCGCAUUCGUGUCGUGCGCACGGCGAUUUGUACAUAAACAUCUUGUCAAAAUAAAAUAGCUCCCGAGCAACGAGAGAUAUGAUGUCA